GUUAUCGGAAAUGAACGAACUCGAUCGAAUAUUCAGCUCAUUUCGUCGAUUGUUGAAAAAAUCUUGUUUUUUCUUGAAUGGUUGAAAAUAUGGGAAUGCGAUUGAAGAAUGCCUUUAAUCAAUAGGCAGUGUUUAUUUUGAUACGAUGAAUUUUUGCGACGUAAUACAAGUAAACUUGAACAAUCAUUUGCACGAUUUCAUUAUUGUCGCCUGGAGGUGCUGUUAUUGCGUUUAAAUUUUGUAUUUCGGGUGUAUUUUUGAAGUACCAAGUAGGUAUCUUGACGUUGUUCGUGUGUUUUUGUAAAACAAUAUUUUCGCGUGUAUCUGCAGUUCGAGUUGAAAAUAUAUUCGUACGAAGUGAAAUCAAUAUGGCUGAUGAGUCCCUGUUACUACCUUACGAUCCGGAAGUUGAUAGUUUCGGCAGCAGAACACUACGAACCGAAUCCGGCGAAGAAAUCACGUACGAAGACGCCUUCAAAAUCGAUAAUUUUGUCAGCAGAGCGCUUCGAGUAAAUACAGACGUACCGAAGGAAUUUACGAUGUUUGUCUUGCGUAAACUGGCCGUGAGUCGAGACACUUUUCGUGGUUUUGAGGCAUCGCUUACUAAUCCACUUCGUGCGUAUUUGUCUGAGCUGAUUAAAAAUUGUGGUAUAAAAACUACGAAGAGAGACGAUGUUCAUAAAUGGGAAGAAACAGGAGCACUACCACUACCUCGCCCUAGCUGUUUUCGUGGAACUUUUGUGAAAAUAUUUUGUAAAAAAGUGAUCUGCAACUGGAUUGGAGAGCAAGACAAACUUUACGAUGAUUUGACCACUAUUUUUCCUUUCCAAGUUAGUAAACGUAUUCGUUUGUUUUCCGAUAUACAUAUUUUGGAUCAUUUGGAGGAACAUGCCACGUUCUAUCCUGAGAUUCAAAAGUUUCUAGAUAUACAUUUCCGUAAAUUGGAAUUGAAAGCGAACUCGAUUUGUUCACUGUUUUUGCACCACAUUCGUACUUUUAUGGCCGACCAUUUGUCACCGAAAUCAUUGUUGUAUAGAUUGGAAAACCCUCAAGAUGUAACAGUAGUCGAUUAUUUGAGCGAUUUUCCUCGGUUAAAUAAAGAUGGAAUCGAGUGGUUUGAACAUCUCUAUCGAGAAUUUGACGGUGUGAAAGCAGCGUAUAGAAUUGAUGUUUCCCGGUUUUACAAUGGAAUCAAGUUCAAGUAUGACGAUUGGUAUUUUUCCCAUUUACCCGAAACUAAUUUCGCCGAUUUGUAUUCUUUUUUCGACUACGACAUAGCAUUGCAUUGUAACCCUAUGCUGUACACGAAAAGAUUCAAACAGUACCUUUUCUUUUUCAUUCAUGCUCUACUAGCUGGUUCUAGUCGCAAGUUCUUUAUCGACGACAUGUUAUUCGAGUGUAUUCAAAGUUUAAAAGGAUAUAAAACCGAUCCAGCAGACAUCUCAAUGAAGCAAUAUUUGGCCAAGAUAACACUGCUGCACUACAGACUGAAGUUUCAUAUAGGUAAAAGCCCAGGACAAUAUUUUAUCAAGAAUGAGGUGUUGAGAGAAAUCAAAAGGUACCUUAAGAAGGAGGUCUUGAAGAAAGAGAAAAAACCUCAAAUGAAUGUUACGUAUAAAUCAGAUUUAGGCUUAACGACUUGGAUGGCUUUUCGUACCGAUGAGAAUUGCUUCAACGUAGCUUAUUCCACGAGCAAGGAAAUAAAAAAUUUUGCGGAACGUUUGCUGUGUUGCGUGUUGUGUCCUAAAAAAGAUCCAGUCAAAUUUCUCGUUUAUUAUAAUGCUUACUUGGGAGUGGAGGUGAAAUAUGAGAUCACGCAACAAGCGGUGGAAAAUUUGAAAAAUUUCGUACGUCUUUGUAAUAAUUGUAACGAGUAUGAUUCCGAAAACAAAACUGAUGAGCAGGAACUAGAUUGUAACGAGUACGAUUCUGAAAACGAAACAGAUGAGCAGGAACCAGAUUGUAACGAGUACGAUUCCGAAGACAAAACAGAUGAGCAAGAACUAGAUUGUAACGAGUACGAUUCCGAUUCCGAAAACGAAACAGAUGAGCAGGAUGAGCAGGAUGAACUAAAUUGUAUUUCGCGUAUUAUUAAUCGUUAUUGUACAUAAAAAAAAAAAAUAGAGUGAACUUUGUAUUGUAUGCAAACGACGUAUGGAUGUAGAUUGAAUGCAUGAUUAACUUAUUUGACUUUUUUGCAUGUAUCUUAUUAUUAUAAUAUGUAUUACAUACGUUUAUUUAUUCAUUUUUUGAAUUAAUGUGAAUUGAAUGUAUUAAUUUAUUAGGUACUUGGAAUAGAUUUUUUCAUCAUUUUUUUAUUAGA